CUAACUUAUACGUUUUCUUCUAUUUCAAGUGAAUUCCAAGGGUGCUUCGUCUAGUGUCAAAAGAACUUCGUCAUGACUGACUGCUCCUCAUCGCUCGUUUGCCACUCCCUCGGCGAACACAUAACCCCCUCUACCUUGGUAAAGCAAAACACGCAGUGGUACCCGGAAAACUAUAACUCCAUCAUCAUAGUGAACCCUGCAUCUUCGCUUGUUCUCGACGCUAGCCAGUACCACACGCAACUCCAACAAUAUACAGGGAGUCCACUUCAGCUUUGGCGCUUUGAGCGUACUGAGACGGGCAACUUCUUGAUAAAGAAUGUUGGUAACCAGAGAUAUUUGCAAGUACAGGGUGAUGCCACAAAUGGUAAGGGAAUAUUCACCGAGGGAAAAAGCGGGGGACCGAGUCAGCAGUGGCAGUAUAAUCAUCUUGAGCAGACGAUAACAAAUUCAGCUAGUGGUAGAGCGUUAGAUAUACAAGGAUUUAAUUUUAUUGCAGGGGCUGGGAUAGAAAUUUAUGAUAAACAUGCUGGAACUAAUCAGAGGUUUUCUCUGCAAUAUAAAAAGGUUGAUUAAAGAUAAAGCACAAAUUCCAAUUACGAUAUAUGGAAAUAGUUGUAUUUUUACAGGUUACAAAAUUUUAUCCAAUAAGUAUCUCGUAGUAUUUGUUUUUAUUUAAAUGUCAUGAU